AUGACGACCCAAGUCCGCAACCUCUUCCACCACCUACCUCCACCAGCAGAAUGUCUUGCGCUUUUCAUCGCAACCCUCGAAAUUGUGCCGUUUGGUAUAAUAGGCCUACGUGAUCCUUCCUUCUUCGCAGAUGGCUACGGUCUGCCCAUUUCACGCGAGUCCGACACGUCACCUGCAUCCGCAAAACGUUCCAGCAACAAUCAAAACACGUACGAAGAAGAUCAGAAGACAAAACAAGCUCUGAUCGCGGCUAUAGCAGCACGCAAUGUUCAAAAUGGCGUUCUUCUGGCAGUUUUCGGGCUGGUGCUGCGAGACAGGAGGAGUUUAGGUGUCGCAGUAAUGGCAGGAUUAGUUGCAACUGUCGCGGAUUCGGUAAUUGUCAGCGCGUAUGGAACAAAAGACAAGAUUGCAGAAUUAGCAGGAUAUGAACAACCAGAUGCCGCGGCACGUGCAGCAGCAGAAACGACAUCUGGGCGAGCACCGAAGAAGGGCAAGGAUUACUCGAUAGGAACCUUUCCCGGUCCUCUUGUUCUACCGCAUGAUGAUCUGAACUACGAUCCGGACAGUGAGCCUCAAACUACCAAAGAGUGGCUGAAUGCGGAAACCAGGAAUAGACUAUUAUCGACAACUGGAAGGGAUACACUAUAUGUGGCACAAGUACCCAAGAUCAGUAAGAAGGUGGAAUUCAUGAGAGACUGGGUAAUACCAACUGGUCUUGGAGCAUCAGAGGAUCGACAAGAAGCAGAGCCACCUCCAUCUGCAGACCUCUCCGUUGAUUACCUUGCCGCCUUCUACCACAAUAUGCCCGUUCGCCUCCUACCCACGCCCUUGACCUGGACACAAUGGGGUUCUAGUUCCAAACCCUCCAGCCGUUACCGAAGUGCCGCACUGCCAAAGUAUGUUGGUCUUCUCGAUAGCGAAGAUCGAUGUACGAGGAUCCGCGUCCGCCCCCCGCCAGAUUCUGCUUUUCCCGCUCAACUCAACCUAGACGAUAUUCUUGAUGUGGCUAUAUCGAUCCUCCCUGUUGACGCCUAUGCUCUGGUUAUCUUGGUCGAUCAUGACAUCUACGAGUCUGAAGAUGAUGACUUUUGUUGUGGCAGAGCAUAUGGAGGAAGUAGAGUGGCUGUUGUUCAGACUGCACGCAUUUGUACCAAAGUCAAGAUGUCGACUGAUAAGAUUACCUUCUUGACCAACUGGCACGCUACGCCAUACCACGCUCCUCUCUAUCUUGCCCAGAGCAAGGGAUAUUUCAAAGAUGAAGGCGUCAAGGUCGCUCUUCUUGAGCCCAACGACCCAAGCGAUGUCACGGAAAUCAUCGGAUCUGGAAAGGUCGACCUUGGCUUCAAGGCCAUGAUCCAUACUCUCGCCGCCGCAGCUCGUGGCUUCCCCGUUCAGUCAAUCGGUUCCCUGCUCAACGAACCCUUCACCGGUGUUGUGUAUUUGACCUCUUCUGGUAUAACCCCCGACUUCACAACCCUCAAGGGUAAGAAGAUCGGCUACGUUGGAGAAUUUGGUAAAAUCCAGCUCGAUGAACUCACCGCGCACUACGGUAUGUCACCUGAUGACUACCAAGCCAUUCGUGUGGGCAUGAACGUCACACGGUCUAUCAUCACUGGCGAAAUCGAUGCUGGCAUAGGCCUCGAGAAUGUCCAGAUGGUUGAGCUUGAGGAGUGGCUUGCUAGCCAGAACCGCUCGCGCGACGAAGUGAAGAUGCUCCGCAUCGAUGAGCUUGCACAACUCGGCUGCUGCUGCUUCUGCAGCAUUCUCUACAUCGGAAACAACGACUUUAUCAAACACAACCCAGAGAAAGUACGUGCUUUUCUGCGUGCGUGCAAGCGCGCAACUGACUUCGUUCUUGCGUCUCCCGACCAAGCCUGGGAGGAAUUCUGCAGCUUCAAGUCCACUAUGAAUACGCCGACCAACCGUAAGAUCUUUGAACGCAGCUUCGCGUACUUUAGCCCCGAUCUUCAGAAUGUCCAGCGUGACUGGGACAAGGUCACCCGCUACGGCAAGAGACUUGGUGUGUUGGACAACACAUUCAAGCCCAACUACACGAACGAGUACUUAGCUUGGGGUCUUGAGGAUGAAACUGGUGACCCUACUGGCGAUCAGAAGAGGAUGGUGGAGCUGCAGGAGGGUGUUAAACAGCAUGGUGGGUUCAAACGUCUCGAGACCAUGUCUGGUAAGACUGUCAUUGGCGCUGCUGCCUCUGCUGUGGCUUGA